GACCAGAAACGGAAGGCUAACCGAAGAAGGGCCACUUUGUAAAUUCUGAAACAAAUCUGCGGUCAGGGACCGACUGGCUCCUUGACGUUCAAAAACCGAGCCGUAUCUUGUUUUCAGCUGCCCUCAUUGGCACAACGCCUUUUAUAGUCCCGGUGAGCUCAGCAGUGGCUGCGCACUCAGAGGCGAGGGACCCGAGGCGAAGAGCAGGACAGGGCACCUCUCGGUCUGCAGCCUGCCCUGGCACUCGCCACCUUCCUCCCCCGCGACGUCAGCACCAGGCGCAUCCCGCGCGCUCCGCUCGCCCCGGCCAAAACGCGGAUCCCAAGCCCUGAUUGGCGGAUCCGCGGCCGGGACGCAGCCUCGCCGAGCGCCCGGCGCGGCCAUGGGCGAGCAGGCGGCUCAGCCGCGGCGGCCCGGGGUCGGCGUGGGGGUGGUGGUGACCAGCGCCGCGCACCCCAACUGCGUCCUGCUGGGCAAGCGGAAAGGCGCGCUGGGCAACGGCACCUACCAGCUCCCCGGAGGCCACCUGGAGUUCGGGGAGAGCCUGGCGGAGUGCGCGGCGCGGGAGACGCUGGAGGAGGCGGCGCUGCGGCUGCGCCACGUGCGGUUCGCGUCGGCCGUGAACGCGGUGUGCGCGUCCCAGCGCUACCACUAUGUCACCGUGCUCAUGAAGGGCGAGGCCGAGCCGGGCGCCGAGCCGCGCAACCAGGAGCCCGACAAGAACGAGGGCUGGGAAUGGGUCAAAUGGGAUGAAUUUCCUCCAGCAGAUCAACUGUUCUGGGCCUUACGCUGUUUAAGAGAGCAAGGUUACAAUCCCUUUUCAGAAGAGCUGGAUCAUCUAAAGGGGUACACGGGAAGUCACCAGUUGGAGUAAAAAGUAAUUGUAUGUUAUGUAAACAUAAAAGACAUAAAUCUAAAGGACAGACACACUUUUUUUGGCGUAGAAGAAAAAAAUAUAUAAAGUGCUCACCCUGCCCGUGUGAAAAUACUGUUUUUCUCAAAGAAGCACAUGCCAACCGUAACAGUGCUUUUCCCAUAUUUCACACAACACUUGUCUCUCAUUCCAGACCCAUUUCUUGGUCUAGUAGUCAACAAUUAACAACUGCUUUUGCAAAAAACUCAGUGUUUUUUAUCUAGUUAAUUUUUAUAUGGAUGAACAGCCAUUCGGAAGUUGGCACUAGCCAGGGAAGCUUAUUGACUUAAAAGCAAUUGCAACAAAACUUACUUGUUUAAACCCACUUUCCAGUAAUUAUUGGACCAAUUUUAAAACUUAGCCUUGUCUCUUAGCUUCAGUUAUGAAGCUACUGUCAUGAACAAAAGCUACCUUUAAUAGAAAGUGCCUUUUUUUCCUGCAAACAGCAGUAUACACUUGAAAAUCAAAAGAGUAUUAGAAAUGUGAAAAGAUUGUAAUGAUUUAUUGCAGGGAAUGAAAAUUCUCUGACCCUUCUGGCCAGUUGCUUUCAUAACAAAGUUCUGUUUAGAGCCUCAGUUACACUGAAUUUAUUGCAGAAGUGUGUCAGAUCUCUGCAUUUGAUCUCAAUUUGGUAUUGAACUCUUGGAAUGGAGAAGUGCCUACUCUACUGAAACAAAUCUCAUUUAUAGGUGUAGCUCCAUGGCAAAAAUCAUACUUUGUGGCUAAUAAGAGUUGUCAGUAUUAAACAGCACAGAUGGAUGUAAUUCUGUAUGGCUGGCUAUUAAGAUUUGGUAAAAUUGUGCAUUUUCAGUUUGACUGAUUAAAUAACUGCAUUGUUAGUGAAUGAAAUAACAGCACCCAACAGUACAUACAAAACCAAGGAGUUCAUAUUUUUAAUUUUUCUAGAGUCUGUAAUCAAUUUUGAUUCUUUUCCAGCUGUAGUCACUAAGAUAUCAGCAAUUGAUUUUAGGAUAUAAGUUUUAAAGAAAUCACUACUUGGCUCAUUUUUUUUUUCUCAAGGUUCUUUUAUGGCAUAUAUCUUGUCUAUUUCCUUUAUAUAUACUCAUUGUACAAAACUGUUGUAAGAUAUCUUUAAUUUCUUUUGAAUAAAACCCAGGCACAAUACUGAGAAAUUUAAAUUGCCUGAAA